AUGUUAUUCAAGGCAGGUGUGGUUUCGGCUCUGCUGGCAUUCACCAGCCUCACCGGCUUUGAGGCUCGACCGACUUUAGUCCUUCCAAAUGUUUUACAGGAGGCAGCUGAAGGGAGUCUCGGGGAUAUCUCACCAGAUCUGGGAGUGGAGGGCGAGGAAACGGAAGGUCCGAUAGAAGUCAAUACGUUGACGGAUUUCCAACCGACAGACUCUGCCGAGGAGAGUGUUCUAGAUGCAGAAGAAUCUCGUGUCAAGCCUUCUCUGCGUUUUUUGUUUCCGCUUGGUCUUCGUAUUCCCUUCUUUCCACGUAUUCCUUUGUUUCCUCGUAUUCCUUCUUUUCGUCCGCCUCUUCGAGUGCCUGGUUUUAGUCCGCGGCCUAUUCCUCUGCCACUGCCUGUUCCUCGUCCACUGCGUCUGCCUGGCCCUCGUCCACUGCCUCUGCCCUUUUCACUGUUUGGUCUUCGUCCACGGCCAAUUCCUCGUCCGGUCUUUCAUCCUCGACAAGGCCUCCUCCUUCCACCUCUUCUUGCUGCCUUAUUAGGUCCUGCGAUUGUGUACCAACAAGCGGAAAACCCAUCCAAGGAUGACAACUCGACGAAUUUCGAUCUUCCAAAUCUCCCGGACAUACCGGACCUGUCGGGCAUGCUGGGCGUAACCGAAAACCCAUCGCAGGAUAAUGUCAUAACGAAUGUCGAGAGUAGCACCCCUUCAUCCCGGUGUCUAUACUGCCUGCCUUACUCAUUUUCUACUGGUGCUUGUGUCCCCAUCCCCCUCCUCCUACUCAAAAUUCGAUCCCUGUUGAUUCUGAUUCUUCUUCUCCAUCUGAAACUACUUCUACAACUACCCCUUCCUCUCCUCGCGUUAAACAAUGACGUGGAGGACGCUCUCAGUGGAUGCCCCAUUAAUUAUGACAAUAAAUUUGCCAUUUUCAUUGUUGAAGGUUUUCCUCCUCAAAAUAAUGAGAAGCUGCUUCAUCUGUUUCCUGAAUCAUUCUCUUUUAUAAUUUUGCUUUCCCACUUCGCCGCUAUGUCCACGCUCUAA